AUGGCUGGAUCUGGAAGUUCUGAGGUACGAACUCCGAUCUUUUCCGGUGAGAACUACGAGUUCUGGAGGAUCAAGAUGGUGACAAUCUUCAAAUCUCUUGGGCUGUGGGGUCUGGUAGAAAAGGGGAUUCCAGUCUCUGAUUCGAAGAUGAAGACCAAGAAAGUUGAAGAAUCAUCGGAGGAAGAAGCUGAAGCAGAGAUGUGUGCUGUGCUCAUAAAGGAUGCAAAGGCACUGAGCAUCAUACAAAACGCUGUCUCUGACCAGAUCUUCCCUCGGAUUGCAAAUGCCGAUUCAACAAAAAUGGCUUGGACUCUGCUCUACAGUGAAUAUCAUGGAGGUGAUCAGGUUAGAUCUGUAAAGCUUCAGAAUCUUAGACGAGAAUUUGAGUAUAUGAGGAUGCGUGAAGGUGAACAACUUACUGCAUAUCUUACUCGAUUAAAUGAAUUGAUAAAUCAAAUGAAAACAUUUGGAGAGGUGUUAUCAAACGAGAGGCUAGUUCAAAAGGUGUUAAUCAGUCUUAGUAGAGUUUAUGAUCCCAUCUGUUUGGUGAUUGAAAAUACAAAGAGUUUGGAGACCAUUGAAUUGCAGGAGGUUAUUGCAAUAUUGAAGAGUCAAGAGCAACGUUUUGACAUGCAUAAUGUGGACAUAGCUGAGAAAGCAUUUGGUUCUUUCUCAAUCGAUCAAAAGGGGCAGAACAAGAAUAAUGCUCAGUUUGGUUCUACCAAGUCUCAGAAGAGUUGGAAGCCUAACAACAAACCAUGGGAGUCUAGACAGAAGCCACAGCAAGCUGGCGCUGGACAGACUUCAAAUGGAUCACAUUCUGUGCAGCAAGAUGGGGUGAAGCCUCAAUGCAAAGUCUGCUCUAAAUUUCACUAUGGAGAAUGCAGAUAUAAGGGUCAAUCCAAGUGCUAUAAGUGUGAUAGAUUUGGACAUUGGGCCAGAGACUGCACUGCAAACAAAGGAGGACAGAAAGAAAAUAAUGCAAGCCAAGUAGAAGUAAGAGGGAAUCUGUUUUUUGCAAACUGUGCAAUUUCAGAAAGGGUGAAAAUGGAGAAUGGCAAGGUGCAAAUGCCAACAGGGGAGCUUGUAAGUAUAGCCGGCAUGGGCACUUUGGUGCUUGACACAAACUCUGGUGCAAAGUAUAUCAGAGAGGUCAUGUAUUUGCCUGGUUUGAGAGAAAAUCUCUUGAGUGUGGGCCAAAUGGAUGAACAUGGUUAUUAUUUGGUAUUUGGGAGCAGCAUGUGCAGCAUCUAUGAUAGUUCUUCUCUUGAGAACCUUGUUAUGAAGGUGGAAAUGAGAAAGAAUAGAUGUUAUCCAUUAUCAUUACCCUCAAAUGAUUUUGUUGCACUAAGAGCUGGUGUAGUCAACUCUACUUGGGUUUGGCAUAAAAGAAUGGGGCAUUUACACUUGAAAGGCCUAAACCAACUCAAGGAAAAAGAUAUGGUACAUGGGCUGCCACAUUUGGAAACUGUAAAUGGAGUGUGUGAAGGCUGCCAAUUAGGAAAACAACACAGAGAGUGGUUUCCUAAAGAUCAAGCAUGGAGAGCUAGUACACCUCUUGAACUUAUACACAUGGACUUGUGUGGACCAAUGCAAAACGAAUCUCUAAGAGGUAACAAAUAUUUCAUGUUACUCAUAGAUGAUUUUACAAGGAUGAUUUGGGUCUACUUCUUGAGAUACAAGUUGGAUGCACUAAAUUGUUUUCGAAAAUUCAAGUCUAUGGUGGAGUUGCAAAGUGGUUACAAAGUGAAAUGUGUUCGAAGUGAUAGAGGGGGUGAGUUCACUUCUAGUGAAUUCAAUAAACUAUGUGAAGAUGCAGGGAUUCAAAGACAAUUCUCCAUGGCUUACACACCCCAGCAAAAUGGAGUGGUAGAGAGAAAAAAUAGGACUGUGGUAGAGAUGGCUAAGGCUAUGUUGCAUGAGAAGGAGCUGCCCUAUUAUCUAUGGGCAGAAGCUGUCCACACAGCAGUGUACAUCUUGAAUAGAUGUCCUACUAAGGCUCUUAGGGACAAGACUCCUUUUGAGGCCUAUAGCACCAGAAAACCAGGUGUUGCUCAUUUAAAAGUGUUUGGCAGUGUGUGUUUUGUGCAUAAACCAGAGGAGAAUAGACAGAAAUUGGAUGCCAAAAGCACAAGGGGAGUUUUUGUUGGAUAUGCAACAUGUGAGAAGGGUUAUAGAGUGUUUGAUCCUAUCACUAGAAAACUACUCUUAUCAAGGGAUGUUGUAUUUGAUGAAGGAACAAGCUGGAAUUGGAAAGAAGUGUCUGACAAUUCUGUGGUUAUGAUGAACUUUGAGGAGCAGCCUAGAAAUUCUCAAGUGGAUUCGUUUGAGACACCUAUAGGGCCUCAAAAUUCUGGUUUCACUGCUGGAAACUCAGCAGCUUCCUAUGGAGAAUCAAGCAAGGAAAGCAGUAGGUUGGAAGAUACUCAGACCUUCGAUCAUACACCAUUGAAAUGGAGGAAGUUGGAUGACAUUUUGGCACAAUGCAACCUGUGCACAAUGGAGCCUGAGAAGUUUGAAGAAGCUGUGAAGGAGGAAUCAUGGUUGAAGGCAAUGAAAGAUGAGUUGAAUAUGAUAGAAAAGAAUAAGACAUGGGAACUUGUUGACAGACCUAUGGAAAAACCAGUUAUUGGAGUUAAAUGGGUGUUUAAAACUAAGCUAAAUUUGGAUGGCUCAGUGCAGAAGAAUAAAGCAAGACUGGUGGCCAAGGGAUACUCACAAAAACCAGGGGUGGACUACAAUGAAACGUUUGCACCAGUGGCUAGAUUAGACACUAUUCGAACCUUGAUUGCCCUUGCAGCUGAGAAGGGUUGGCAGCUGUACCAAUUGGAUGUCAAGUCAGCUUUUCUAAAUGGUAUUUUAGAGGAAGAAGUGUAUGUAGACCAGCCGGAAGGAUUUGUGGUAAAAGGAAGUGAAAGCAAGGUUUACAAACUACACAAAGCUCUAUAUGGCUUGAAACAGGCGCCAAGAGCUUGGUAUAGUGAAAUUGAUGGUUAUUUUGCUGAGUGUGGAUUUACAAAGAGUCAAAGUGAAGCUACACUUUAUGUCAAAGCAAGAGGUGCAGAAAAUAUCCUGAUAGUUUCCAUUUAUGUAGAUGAUAUAGUCUACACUGGAAAUGAUCAUGAAAUGCUAGAAGAUUUCAAGAAGGACAUGAAGGAGAAGUAUGAAAUGACUGAUCUGGGACUCUUGCAUCACUUCUUGGGAAUGGGAGUCAUUCAAACACCAACAAGCAUAUUCAUUCAUCAGAAGAAAUAUGCAACAACUCUGUUAAACAGAUUUGGUUUGAGUGAGUGUAAACCGGUGUCUAUUCCACUAGUUACCUCAGAGAAACUAAGUAAGGAUGAUGGGAGUGGUUUGGCAAGUGAAGAGCAAUAUAGAAGGAUUGUUGGGAGUCUGUUGUAUCUCACAGCUACUAGACCCGACAUUAUGUUUGCAGCUAGUUUGCUUGCAAGGUUUAUGCAUUGUCCCACUAGCAAACACCUUGGAACAGCAAAACGUGUCCUUAGAUAUGUAAAAGGAACCUUGGAUUAUGGUCUGGAGUAUGUGAAAGGAAAAGGGGCAGUUCUAAUUGGCUAUUGUGACAGCGGUUGGAGUGGCUCAGUGGAUGAUAGCAAGAGCACAUCUGGAUACGCUUUUUCUUUUGGGAGUGGAGUGUUUGCUUGGGCCUCAGUCAAGCAAAAUUGUGUUGCACUCUCUACUGCAGAAGCUGAAUACAUCAGUGCCUCUGAAGCAACAACACAAGCUAUUUGGUUGAGAUUUGUCCUAGAAGACUUUGGAGAACUUCAAACAGAAGCUACACCUCUCCACUGUGACAACAUUUCAGCCAUUGCCAUUACAAGGAAUCCUGUGUUUCAUCAGAAAACAAAACAUAUCAAUCGGAGGUAUCAUUUUAUUAAAGAUGCUUUGCAAGAAGGAACUGUGGAUCUGAUUUAUUGUCCCACAAAUGAGCAACUAGCAGACAUUUUUACUAAGGCAUUGGCUAAGGAUCGUUUCUGCUAUCUCAGAGAGAAACUUGCUGCAGCAACAUUGAGACCUGAGACCAUGUAUGGACAAACAAAUGCAUGGGUAUUGCCCAAUGGGAGGUAUGGAGCCUUUGAAGUCAAUGAAACAGAUGUAUUUAUUCUUACGCAGAGAGCAGCACGUAAUCUUGCUUAUCAGGGGUUCUCUAGGAUACCUGAGAAACCUUCCUGCUUGAUUGAACUAACUGGUUACGAUUUGAUUGGCCUUCCAUUGAAGUCACCGCUUGCACACCAUCAGAUUAUUUAUGCCCUUCCUAUGUUAACCAUCGAUGCAGACAAAGGGACUGGGAUUGUGACUAGUGUACCUGGGGAUGCUCCUGAUGAUUAUAUGGCCCUGCAUGAUUUAAAAUCGAAACCAGCUUUUAGAACCAAAUAUGGUGUGAAGGAUGAAUGGGUUAUGCCCUUUAAGAUUGUACCGAUCAUCAGUAUUCCGGAAUUUGGAGAUAAGGCUGCGGAGAAGGUCUGUGGGGAUCUCAAGAUCAAAAGCCAGAAUGAGAAAGACAAGCUAGCAGAAGCCAAGAGGUUGACAUACUUGAAAGGGUUUACAGAAGGAACACUGCUCGUGGGAGAAUUUGCAGGAAGGAGAGUCCAGGAGGCAAAAUCGUGGAUAAGGAGCAAACUAAUGGAGCAAUGGUACAUCUCUUAUGGUGAAGCUGAAUGGAAAAAAUUGGCUGAGGAAUGCUUGUCGAGCAUGAACUUGUACUCUGACGUGACACGACAUGGAUUUGAACACACGUUAAGUUGGUUGAAUCAGUGGGCUUGUUCACGAUCGUUUGGGCUUGGAACACGUAUUCCCUGGGAUGAAAAUUACUUGGUCGAGUCGUUGUCUGAUUCAACCCUUUACAUGGCUUAUUACACCAUUGCUCACUUUUUACACGAUGGAGACAUGUAUGGGGAUUCCAACACAUCUGGGGUUAUACCUGAACAAAUGACCGAUGAGGUAUGGGAUUUUAUCUUUUGUGAUGGGCCCUUUCCAAAAUCAUCUGACGUAUCAUCAUCAAUUCUGAAUAAGAUGAAGCAGGAGUUCGAAUAUUGGUAUCCAUUUGAUCUUCGAGUGUCUGGUAAGGAUCUCAUCCAGAAUCAUUUUGCAUUUUGCAUUUACAACCACACGGCAAUUAUGCCCAAGAAGCAUUGGCCUCGUGGGUAUAGAUGUAAUGGGCACCUCAUGCUCAAUUCUAAGAAGAUGUCCAAGUCCACAGGGAAUUUUUUGACAUUACGGCAGGCAAUAGAGGAAUAUUCUGCUGAUGCCACACGAAUGGAUUUGGCCGAUGCCGGUGAUGGUGUUGAUGAUGCAAAUUUUGUAUUUGACACUGCAAAUGCUGCCAUCGGACGACUCACUAAAGAGAUUGCAUGGAUGGAGAAGAAUUUGAGUGCAGACUCUUUGAGAAGAGAUGCCAGGGAUUGGUACGAGCUUUCAUGUCGUGCUCAGGACAUGAAUCGAGAUUUGGUGUGGCAUUAUAUGGAUGUAGAGACGCGCAUGGUUGCUCCAAUCUGUCCACACUAUGCUGAAUAUGUGUGGAGGGAGGUUUUGAAGAAGGAUGGAUUUGUAGUAAGCGCAGGCUGGCCUGCAUCUGAUGCUCCAGAUCUAAUCCUCCAAAGUGCCAAUAACUAUUUGAAAAAGUCGAUUGAUGUAAUGAGGAAGAAGCUUAGAAAGCACCAGCCAAAUUCUAAGAAAGCCGGUAAUAAUGGUGCUCCAAUUUCAUCUUUGGUAGAAGGGAAGAAGCUAAUAGGCCUGAUAUAUGUGAAGAAGCAAUUUGAUGAGUGGAAGGCAGAUUGCUUAAGGAUACUUCAGAAUAACUUCAACAUAGAGACUCGUACUUUUGCUCCGGACAGGGUGAUAUUGGAGGCACUGCAGAGUAGUUCUCUUGGACAGGCUAAAGAUUUUAGACAAAUCCAGAAUCUUUGCAUGCCUUUCGUGAAGUCGAAGAAGAAUGAGGCAGUUCAACUUGGGGCUCAGGCCUUAGAUUUGAAGUUACCAUUUGGAGAGAUUGAGGUACUUAAAGAUAACUUAGACUUGAUUAAGAGACAACUGGAUCUUGAAGAGGUAGAAGUUUUGUCUGCUGCCAACCCUGAUGAUCGUGCAAAAGUUGGUCCUCAUGUUAAACAGAUAGAGCAGAAUCCUCCAUUCCCUGGAAGCCCAACUACCAUCUUCUUGACCCGGUAA